AAGGCACCGACUAUAUUCGAAGUGACAGGUUGGUUGCAGAAGACGAUUGUGGGUGGCCAUGGCGUCCUCUGCAACUAUUCUCCGCAUCUUCGCAAUUCUACAUCUCUUGCUCGUGGUGGCAGCCGACGACGUUUCCCACGACGAUGAUUCCAUCCCCAGAUCCGGAUCCCCCUCCUGCAACAAUAAAUUCCAGCUGGUUAAAGUGAAGAAUUGGGUUGAUGGUGUUGAAGGUGAAAGCAUAGAUGGAUUAACUGCUAGAUUUGGUGCUACAUUACCAAGUGAGGAAAGCAAAGCACUAAAACUGCCUGUUGUUUUAAYGAAUCCCCUGAAUUGCUGCACCAAUUCCUCCUCUAAGGGUAUGAUUACAGYAGUAGCCUUUUUCAUCUUUUUAGUUAGGUUGAUGGCUGAUUCAAUUGRCUUCCAUGCUUGCAUAUCUCAUG